CAGAAAACAACAACAUAGGUUGAUAGUUGAGGAUGUGGAGGAGGUGGUUUACAUUCAGCUGUAGUAGGGAGAGGUGGGGGAGUGUGCAGUAGUGUGCUGGACCUCCGAUGUCUGCCGCCUGCUGUGACGCACAUACAGGGAGAACAGCCAGGGGGGCUGUGAGUUUGAGACUGUAGUUAUUGUUUGUGAAGAACUGCCCAGAAGAGAUCGGCGGGAGCAAGCUGGGAAGUGUGUGGCCCAGUGCAGGCGGAAGUUUUAUGCUGGGAGGUGUGUGGCUCCACUGCUGGGGUAACCUCCAUCACCUCAAACACCAGCUGCACAUCUACAAGAUAAAAACAAGGACACUAAGAGACAUGUUUUAUCCACAUGAAGACACAAACUGGAUCAUUAAUAAGGGGAGCAGAUCUGCUGGAGUCCACACUGCAAUGUUUCACUUCAACCACAAGAGGGCGCAACAGGCUUUCUGACUGGCAACUAGAUACUUAGCAUUGUUGACUUUAUAACACAAUCUGAUGAUUUAGACGCACAUUUCAGGACAUUUAUAUAAAUGUCCUGAAAUGUAAUAAUAAAAAAGUAAAUAAACUCUGAGUCUGCAGGCUGGUAUCCAGAGCCUGAGGUGUUUUGGCUGGACGGUGAGGGAAACCUCCUCUCUGCUGGACCUACUGAGACAGUCAGAGGUCCUGAUGACCUCUAUACUGUCAGCAGCAGAGUGACUGUGGAGAAGAGACACAGCAACAGCUUCACCUGUAGACUCCAGACCAGAGAGACUCACAUGUUGCACCAUGCGGUUCUGGGAUUUAUAAUUUCAGUUUGUCUUCUCAGUCCUGUCGAGGAAUGUAGAAUUUCCACUACAGGAAGUACCUGUCACGCCAUCUAUCUAUUGAGAAAGAAUCUGCACUUUGACGCAUCACCAGGAAGAAUUUACGAGAACUCAUUUCAUAUUCGUCACACUGGAAAGUCAGCAUUCGUCUCACUGCAGGUAAAUGAUGGUGUGUGUGUUAGUUCCUCUCGUCUUGACUGUCCUCCUGACUGAGACGUCUGCUUCACUGUCAUCUUCAGCAGGGACGGAGCAGGUCUUUUCAUGCCCACCUCGGUGGCUCCUGUUUGGGCAGAGAUGCUUCGCUUUCUACCCUGUGUGGAGCUCCUGGAGCGAUGCCGAUUUAUUGUGCUCUCAGGCAGCUGGUAAACUGACGUCGCUUCACACACCAGAGGAGAGACAGUUUGUCCGUCUGCUAGCAAACACACACACACCUGUGUGGCUGGGUGGAUACCAGGAACAGCAGAACUGGUUUUGGAGCGACGACUCGCCCUUCAGGAUGAGUGAUUGGACCAAGCAGUGGCAGGGAAAUACCAGCGAGGGCGGAGCUUGUAUGGAAAUGGAACCAAAAAGUGGAAAGCUGCACAGCGCCCCCUGUGGAGAGCUCAGGUUCUACAUCUGCUCCACCACAACCAGCUCCUCUUCUAAAAUCCUCCCCAGCGACAGGAAACCAGGAAUCAUGCACGGUCUGAGUCUGUUUGAUGUUUUGUGGGGCAACAGCUACUUGCUGGCGGAGGAGAUUCGCCACUUGUCCUCCUUCCUCAAGGAGCUCCGGUCUGGUCAGCUGACUCAACGCUGCUACAACAACUUCUUCCAGCAGGAGGCACUCUAUCUGCACAGAGUCAGCAGCACACUGGAGACCCUGAUGUAUAGUUUACAGGAAGCAGAUGAGAACACAAGAUCACUGCUGCAGGACACACUUCAACACUACAGAAGCAGAAACCAGAGCCCCCUCACUUCGCCUCCCCCACAGUGGCUCCACUUCGCCCUGCAGUCUUUCCACUCUGUGGUUUUGGAGGAGCCGAUCUAUUGGCUGGUGGCUCUGUCGGCCCGGGCCUGCCUCCGGGACUUUUUGGCUGAGCUCAAGCCUGGUUCCAAGUUGGUGUCUGGGUCUGAGGAUAAGGCCUGCAGCAUCUACCAGCAGUGGAGUGUAGAGAGUCUGAAGGAGGUCGCCUGGAUCCGCAGGUACAGAAAGGUGUUAGAGGAAUACCAGGAUCAGAUAGAUGUGUUUAAAGCCAUUAACAUCUUCCACGAGCACAUGAUGAACCAGAAGAGUUUCUACAAGGCUGCAGACUGUGAUAUAGAGGAUGAAAAAUUAUGAAGAGGAGCAGGGUGUGUCCGCUGGUGAAGGGUUUUCCCAGACAAACUAACAGACCUCUUCUCCACCACGAUCAGGGAAGUGACUUCUCUCCUACAAGUGUGUUUGUAACCACAAUACAUCGUGCCAAGAAUGAGUUAUGUUUUUUUAAGUGCUCUACUUCCUGUUCACCUUGCUUGCAAACCUCAAGGAGUUGAGGGACAGCGCAUAUUAAAUCAUAUUACACUUG